AUGGAAGUGGAGAGUCUCGGUGGUAGCAGAUAUUUCGUGACGUUUAUUGAUGAUGCUUCAAGAAAAUUGUGGGUGUGUUUCUUGAGAAUGAAGGGCGAAGUUUUUAAAUACUUCAAAAGAUUUCAUGCUAUGGUGGAGAGACAGGCUGGUAAACCUUUGAAGUGUCUUCGUUCAGAUAAUGGGGGGGAGUAUACUUCCCAUGAAUUCAAGAAUUAUUGUGCCGAGCAUGGCAUCAAGCAUGAGAAGACUGUACCUGGAACCCCACAACAUAAUGGUGUGGCUGAAAGAAUCAACAGAACCAUUAUGGAGAAAGAAAGGUACGAUAUCCAUUGCGAUAGUCAGAGCGCAUUGGAUUUAAGUAAGAAUGCGAUGUACCACUCUCGCACGAAGCACAUUGAUGUCAGAUAUCAUUGGCUACGUCAAGCGGUGGAAGAACAACAGUUCAAGGUUGAAAAGAUUCACACAGACGAAAAUCCUGCUGACAUGAUGACGAAAGUUAUAACAGGAGGAAAGCUUCAGCUUUGUGCCGAGUUGAUCGGCAUGGAAUUCAUGUGA